ACAGUGGAAGACAAAUAAUAAUAAAAUAAGAAAUAAUAAUAUAAUAUGGUUGGUUUAAAGAACUUGAUUAUGGUUGGCGCACUCUGCGCUGUUACAAUGGCAGAUGAUACCACUACCGCUGAUCUGGUAUCAUUUGCAACUGACGCUCCAGAUAUCCCGGAGCUGCUUUAUGAUGGAGACUCACCAGACUCAAACACCCAAAUCUUGCAAAACCCUGAACUUAGUUCAUUGGUUCAACAAGGAUUGGCAAUUAUGCUGGGAAACCCUGGAGGGUAUGCAUCAGAUGCACAAUACAUCGGGUGGUUAUCUACAUACGUCGAUGCUUUACAAACUGCAUCAUUAGUUGGUGGAUCUGCUACUGAUGUCGAAACCGAUUCUUUCGCCACUGAAACUGACUCUGGAGCAGCAUCUGCCACUGAGACUCACUCUGGAGCUGCCCCUGUCCCCACUGGCAGUGUCAGUAAUGCAAGUGCCACUGGAUCUGCUGGUUCCAGCGUGACUGGUAUCUCUAGUGCCAAAACUUCCUCUAGUGCCAAGACUUCUUCUGGUGCCAAACCUUCUGGUGGUUCUUCCUCUUCCUCUUCUCAUUCUUCGUCGUCUUCAGGUACUUCGCUGAAGGGUAAUGGUGCAGGUGUUGUGGCCCCAAUUGGUGCAAUUUUAGGUGCAUUUGCUGUUGCUUUACUUUGAUUAGAC